UUCAACUCUUUAUCUGUUUCUCUCUCUAUAUUAACUCUUUGUUUCUUUCUCUAUCUACUACCCCCAUCCCCACAACCCCACUACCCACUCCCCCCAAAAGCUAAGGGAGGAGGCCCCUUAUAGCAUCAGCACCACCCUCUCAACAAAACAAAGAAAUAAACAUAAUGAGGAAUAUGAAGAGUAGAAAGAAAUAAAAUAAAAAAGGUGGUAGAGGUAGAUAGAUGCAUGAGUGAGUAACAACAACAACAACUACUACAAUUACAAACACAAUCUCCCCCUCUUUCUCUCUCUCUCUUUUUCUACCACCCACAGCCUCUCUUCUCCCUUCACCACCACCUUCCCCACCUUCCUUUUUUUGUAGUAUUCACCUUCUAGUCUUACCAAAUUCUUGAUUUUCCUCCUCGGUUCCCACGCUUAGCUUCACCAACCACUUUUCUCUCUUGUUGUAGUUUUUAAGGCAUAAAUUUGGCGAGCUAUGGUGAGCAUCCGAAGGCGUAAGCUGUUAGGACUUUGCUCUGGACGAAGCUCGUUCUUGGUUCCACUUCCAAAGUUUUCUGAGAAUGGACACAUUGCCGAAAAUCGUUUCCUGAACAACAAACACACAAGUGUCCAUCCAAUGCCGUCAACUGAUAUUGAUGAGUCAAAAGAGAGAACUGCUGUAAAGGUUGUUCCUGGAUCAUCAAAUGGUCAUGCCUCUGGCUCCUUGAUUGAGCAAACCGCCCAACAAUUUCCAGAAGUUAAACGCAGAAAGCGACACAGGAGGAAGCACUUUGAAAACCAAGAACCAUGUCUCAUGAGAGGUGUCUAUUUUAAGAAUAUGAAAUGGCAAGCCGCGAUAAAAGUUGAUAAGAAACAAAUCCACUUGGGUACAGUUGGGACUCAAGAAGAAGCUGCUAGACUGUAUGACAGGGCUGCUUUUAUGUGUGGGAGGGAACCGAAUUUUGAAAUCUCAGAGGAGGAGAAGCAGGAACUAAGACAAUUCAAAUGGGAUGAAUUUUUAGCAUUUACACGCUCCGCAAUUACUAAUAAGAAAACUCGUAGAAGAAGUGGGGUUGGUGCACGGAGGAAAUCUGAACCUUUAAGUUCAACACUGAAUAGUGAGGAGGAGGAGGAGGAGGAGGAGGAAGAGGACGAGGAAGGGGAGCCAGAAAGCAAUAGUUUUUCAGCCUCUGAAGAUAUAGAACAAGACUUAUCGCUCUAUUGAUCCUGUCCCCCCUUCCUUUCUCUGAUUAGGAAGAAUGCUGAAAGAAAUAGUGCUAAUGGUAUUGUUAAGCUGUUCAGCCACGAUUCUAUCAUUCGUAUAGAUUUAUUUACACACUAAGUAUAGGUGCCCCUAUUAGGGCAAGAUGAUGAUAUGUACUCUUCCUAUUGUUUAAGUUAAUUGAGUUUGAUCACAAGUAUGUUAAUUAUGCAUA